AUGAAUGCUAACAAGGAGACUGAUUACUCCCUUGGGGUGGAAAUGAUUCCACUUAGCAUGGGAGAGUUCUUUGAGGAAAUUGAUCAUAUACGAGAUGCCAUUCGACAAAUUGAGGACAAUGUUGGCAGAAUAGAAAUGCUGCAUCAACAAUCUCUCCAGGAAGUUGACGAAUCCAACAUCGCUGCUACUACACGCCAGCUAGAAGGAUUUACUGCUGAUACCCGUCGUUUGCAAACCAGUGUACAAUUGGCAAUUCGAUCUUUGGAGUCACAAAACAUGCAGCUGCCUCCUGACAAUGACACCGCUACUAGAAAAACUCAAACUGAAGCUGUUAAGAAGAAAUUUAUGGAUCAGAUCCGACACUUUUUGCAAAUUGAGAAGACUUAUCGUGCACAAUACGAGCAACGCAUGCGCCGCCAACUCGAAAUUGCUAACCCUAGAGCUACUGAAGAAGAUUUCCAAACCGCAAUCAGUGAAGAAAACGGCGGUCAGGUCUUCGCUCAGGCUUUGCUACGCUCCAAUCGUUCUGGUGAAGCCAGAACUGCACUUCGAGAAGUACAGGAACGUCAUGCAGACAUUAAAAAGAUUGAACGUACUAUCGCUGAACUUGCUCAAUUGUUUCAAGACAUGGCUACCAUGGUUCAGGAGCAAGAACCUGCCGUUGAUAAAAUUGUUACUGAUGCCGUCAACGUAAGAACAAAUAUGGGUGAGGGUACGCAACAUAUGGACCGUGCCAUUAAGAGUGCCAGAGAUGCUAGAAGGAAGAAAUGGAUUUGCUUCGGUGUUUGCAUACUUAUCGUUUGUAUUUUAGUCGCUGUUCUUUGCGGUGUAUUGAUUCCCGUGGUCGGCAACCACAACAAACAUUGA